AUGAAAAGCUUCAUUCCUUCUUCAUAUACUUUUGAAACAGAAAUCCAGAAGAUAAAGCAAGAACUUUUAACAUCUAAUUUAGACUGUACCGCACAGGAUGAAGAAAAUGAACAGUAUCUUUAUGAAAUGCAGGACAUUAUUGACCAUUUACCCAAACUACCUGAAAUUCAGCAGCAAAAACUAACUAUUCCCGAAUUUGACGAAAUUGAAGUCAAAGCAACUGACUCAGUAGAAAUAAAGAAGUUCAUUCGUAAGGUAAACUAUGAAUUCCUUGGUUUUCAUUGCAACCAUAAAGUUAUGGACAAAGAUUGCGACAUGGUAUAUAAGAAUGUUUCUGACCUUUACAAAACCCGGGAGUUUAAGACCUACGACAACUUUGUUACAUUAGUUGCAAAAUGUGUAUGGCAGAUAAGAGAUAAAGAUAAAAGAUGUAAAAUAUGGAAUGAACAAAUAAGACCCGCUAUGUUUGAGAUGAAGAGAGCAAUUGACGCUUUAGUUGUUUUAGCAGGUAAGGUUUCAGAAUAUAACGCAAAAAUGAACCCGCAAUGUUCAAAAUGUAAAGCAGCAAUGAGGAGAUAUAACUACUCCGUCAAAGAGAUAGAAAGAAUGAGAAACGACUAUGCAGAUUUAAAGAAAGAA